AUGAAGAAGAUCCACAAGGAUAAGGACGUUGAACCCACUGAAUUUGAGGAGACUGUUGCGCAGGCAUUAUUUGAUUUGGAGAACACAAAUCAGGAACUUAAAAGUGAUUUAAAGGACCUGUACAUCAACUCGGCAGCUCAAAUUGAUUUGUCUGGAAAUCGCAAGUCUGUUGUCAUCCAUGUUCCCUAUAGAUUACGGAAAGCAUUCCGCAAGAUUCAUCUUAGGCUUGUGAGAGAACUUGAGAAAAAGUUCAGCGGAAAGGAUGUGGUUCUUAUUGCCACCAGAAGGAUAGUACGACCACCAAAGAAAGGUUCAGCUGUUCGAAGACCUCGCUCCCGCACACUUACAGCUGUUCAUGAUGCAAUGCUUGAGGACAUUGUGUAUCCUGCUGAGAUUGUUGGAAAACGCAUCAGAUACAGGAUUGAUGGGUCAAAAAUCAUCAAGAUUUUCUUGGAUCCCAAAGCAAGGAAUGACACCGAAUACAAACUGGAGACAUUUGCUGGAGUUUACAGGAAGCUUUCUGGGAAAGAUGUCGCCUUUGAAUAUCCAAUGACAGAGGCUUAA